UUUGAGAGAUUUAAUUUAGGGUUUUCGCACGAAUCCGAGAUCCUUUCGCCAACUUCACAGCGGAAGUUCUAGGGUUUCGUCGAAUUCACCUUUAAAAGAAUCGACUUUUGGAGUUCCGGGCCUCGAACUGGGAGCGAUUCCAUCGGUUACUCCCCCGGCGGCCUCUCUUCCUGCUGUCGGUCUCUCUUGAUUCUCAAGCGGUUUGAUCUCAAUUCCUGUGGCUUGUCUAAGAUUUUGCCGUAAUUUCUCUAUGUCGGUUAGGGCUUUGAAUUUCUAUCCUUUUGAAGUUGAUAAUUUGUUGAGAUGAAUGUGGAAGGUGGUAGCUUUACGAGGUGCGUGAGGCAUCCAUCUCAGUUCUUCACUGGUUUCUGCUCAUCUUGUUUAGUUGAGAGGUUAUCGAAUGUCGAUUCAGUAGAAAAAAUCCCCGAGCCCGAGCCUUCAUCGGGUCAUCAGGGUGAAAUAGUGGAGAUCCCUUCUUCUUCUUCUUCCUCUGUUCACGAUUCUCGGAGCAAGGGGAACGAGGUUAGGGUUAGAAGGACACUGCUUUCUUUGUUCCAAUUAGAUGAUUGUAAUGAUGCCCAUGAUCGUAUCGAGUCUGAAGCAAAGGCUUCUACAUCAGAUGCCCAUGUCGAUGAGAGGGUUGAAUCUGUAGAAGAUAAGCAUUUGAGGGAUAAAAAGUGGAGAUGGAGAUCCAAGGGGGCUUCGCAAAGUGGGAGGUUUGAGGAUAAACGUUUAGAGAGGAAUCGUGAUCUCAGGCAUUCUUGUGAUUGGAGAGUAUGUCGAGAAUCUCAUGAUUCCGGCAAGGAUACAUGGGAAAAACCCAGGCAUUCGUGGGAUGGGUCGAUGGUGAGCAAGGCAUUUACUUGCUCAUUUGCCUGUCUCGAAGAGCCACACGAUGGUUCUAGCAGGAUUAAGAGGCGGCUGCCAGGGGAAACUGUAGUUACUGAUUCUGAUAGAUGUAGUGGAACCAUUGAUGUUAGCAAAGCCGACAAUAUGGUUGAUGAAAAGUCAUCUUCGCCUGAUGGUAUUAGAGAGAGGUACCAUGAAGAAUUUCAUCAAGACAUAAAUGGUAUGGAUGGUAGCAGAAAGAAAUCACAUAGGUGGAGUAGGGUGUGGGAUUGGAGUAUUACUAGCCCUUUUAGGGAUUUCACGAAGAAAAGAGAACACUGUUUGCAGAGGUCUUUGUCAGUAACUUGUCAGGAGGGACAAAGGGAUAAGAGUGAAUCACACGGUAGAGUACGUCACUUUGGGAAUGGCCUCAAUACUCCUCGAGCUAAUCAGUGCGUAAACAGAAAUUUAUGUGGCGGUAUGGAGCUUCAGAAGUUUAGGCCGGAUUUGCAAAGGAAAAGGGAAUACAGGUUUGGUCGAAGCCGGAGUGUCCAUUAUCCCUCUCCUGGAAAUGUAGAUAAUGGACUCCUACGCUUCUAUCUGACUCCUAUGAGAACCAGCAGAAGGAGUUCAAACAACAGGAGGAUGCCGAGUUCACGAUUUUUCCCCAUGGGCAUCCUUGGUCAUUAGCUAUGUGUUCUUUGGGACUUUGAAGUUCCUGUGUUUGUACUUGUAAAAUGCGAGCAAUGGUAGAGAUUGACACAUUCAGAGUCCGGCUAGCUGUGCUUCAAGCUUCCAUGUACAUUGGGGGAAAUCAUGGGCCAUGUUUUACUCGGACCAUGAGGAAGCUUAUGCAUAUAGCCCAAGGUGUCGUCUUCUCCUUUGCAAGUGGAUAAAGAAAGUGUUCUGAGUAUGUUGGAAUAACAAUUGCCCCUUUACUGUAUUUUUAUUUCACAAGAAAGCCUCCUCUUUCCUUUCAUUAAGCCACAUUCUCCAGGUGGCUAAAAACCUUAUGGUGAUUCUCUUAUACUUUACUAAUUAAGUCCUAUACAACCUUUAAAAUUAUAAUCCUAAGAAUAACUGUAAGCAUCUAAUGAAUUGUAUUUAUCCAUUAUUAAUAAUUUGUUGCAUUCUUCAGACA